AUGUCAGGCUACGGAUCCCAACCAAUCGCCCAAUACACAAUCUCCAGGGGCCUCUUCCACAAGGCCUGGGACAUCACAACCCACGGACAAACAAUCUACCAUGUGGACAACUCACACUGGACACCCGGCAAGCCCGAUCUAACCUUCCACGCGGGAGCCAACACCACCGGACCCAUCGCGGGGGUCAGUAAAUACCGACAUUUCUCAUCGGACACGGAAAUCGGGCUAGGCGAUCCUGCGCAAGCUCACGCGAUCGAAUGGUUCUGCCUUAACCGCGACAGCAGAAUGACCGUCCGAUACUCGUUCCGCAUGAGAAUCGGCAGCGACCAUCAACCUCGUACGUUUACGUGGAAACGCACGCGCUCGCUGGGUGGUAGUCGGUUCUCUGGAAGCUUGAAGCUGGUGGACGAGUCGGACCGGGUAUUGGCGGUUUUGUCGUCGGGCGGGAGUUUUACCUCGACGAGUGGGCAGAUGGAUAUCUACGUGCAGUAUGGAGAGCGGUUCCAGCUUAUGGUGUUGGUGAGCGGGCUAGCCUUGCGUGAAAAACUCGCUCGGGCUCGAAAGGCUGCAGCUAGUGCUGGUGGGGGCGGUGGGGGCGCUUAA